UCAGUCAUAUGACGACAUGAUGUCUGACGUUGCAUCGUCUGCUUCCACUACUUGCCUGUCACCGACAUGGCGUCUAUAACUAAAGACACGGGCGAAAUCUGGAGCAGGUUAUUCGACCAUCGUCCGUUCGUUCAAGGAGAGAUCACAUUUUUCUUGCGAGAAUUUCAGGACAAAAGAGCUGAUAGAGAAGUGGAACGUCUUUUUAAAAUACUUGAAUAUUCGACGGAAUUAAAAGAAAGCCAAUUGGAUCGCACUGAACAACUUGGUGAUUGUCAUUUACCUAGUCUUAAAGCGAAUGUGGAUGUUGCACUGAGUAUGUGUAACCUUGUUCUACAAAAAGAAGAAAAUUUUGAUAGUGACAGUGUUUUGAAUGAAAAUAGAUUAGCUAGAAGAACAGAGUGGGAGAAAUUCAUAAAUGAUAUGAGUGAUAAAUGUCAAAAAGUGGAUCAAACUUUCCAAGAAAAAGAAAACGAAAUAGAAGAAUUCUAUGUUGAUUUGGAAAAAAAGUUACACAUUACGCCAUAAGAUAAUACGUUAAUUUUUAAUCUACAUAUUGGCUUUUAGUGCUUCAGCAUUUAAAUAUCCAAUCUCAGUUAUAAAGAAAAAAUAGUUUACAU